AUGUUGUAAAAGUACGUAAAAGAAUAAUACUAUGAAAAUUUGAGAAAUUUCAAAUAUAAUGGAUAGAAUUUCUCUAUUUUAUACAAUUGGAUCCUAGGAGAUAUAGCUUAAUUUGUUGUUGAUCAUAUACCUAAGACCGUUGCUCCAAAUGUAAUUACUAUUACUGGAUUUUGUACAUUGUUAUCUAGUUACCUAUUGAGUUUAUACCUGAAUCCCAUGUUUGAUUAGGGUUUACCACAAUGGGCUAGUUUGUACAUCACUUUGACUAUCUUCAUUUACUAAACUUUGGAUAACGCAGAUGGAAAAUAAGCAAGAAGAACUUAAUAAUCAACUGCCUUGGGAAUGCUCAUGGAUCAUGGAAGUGAUUGCACGGCUGCUUGGAUUACAGGAUAAUUGUAUCUAAGUGCUUUUAAGAUUGCUUUUACACCAUUUUCGAUGUUGACUGCCAUAGGAGUUGGAUUUGGCGGUUUCUUUUUUGGAGUGUAUUGCUAAUAACAUACUGGAGUAUUUUAAUUGGGAGUAAUCAAUGGAGUAGAUGAAGGUUUGCCUGUUAUUUAAUUGUUCUUUUUGAUAACAGCUUUGAACUCGUCAGAUUUUUGGUUAAAUUAAAUAGAAAUAUUCAAUGGAAUCAAUUUAUAAUAUAAUAAAAUAUUGCUAUUGAUCACUAUCGGAGCAUGCACCAUCACUAUAGCUUAGUUUUGUUAUCCAGUAUUCAAACUAAUGAACUGGAAUAUCAUCAAAAUCUUGAAUAGUCUGCAUUUACCAAUUGCAGUUGUAUUCACCUUCGUCAGUUUAAUCUAUUUGUCCCCAACAAAUGUUUUGUCUAAAUGGUUCCAUAUAUAUAUGCUCACCGUUGGAUUAUAAUGGUCUAAAAUCAUAAAUAUCUGGCAACUAGCUAUAAUAACCAAAGAAAAUUUCAAUCAAUUUUCAUUCACCUGGUUGAUUACACUGGGGACAAUCAUUAUAAAUUUGUAUUCUCAUUACUUUACCUCUGAUGGCUUGUGUUAUUUCGAUGAAGUUAAGUUGAUCUUCACUCUAUUAGCCUUUUCCCUUCUAUCUUAUUUCCAUUGUAUCACGAGUAUAGUGACUCAAUUGUGUGAGAUUUUGGACAUUCAUGCAUUUAGUAUCAAACAAAAAUAUUGA